GAUGACAUAUGCCCAAGUCGCAGUUUAUGGUUUCAGUGAGAAGGUGGGGCUCCUCUCCUUCCCCCAAAAGGACGAGGGGUAUGAGAGAACCCAGCCUUAUAGCAAUAGGACUGAGGAGAUCAUAGACAAAGAAGUGAGAGAUUGGGUGACCAAAGCAUACGACCGAACAUUGGAACUCAUUGAGGAAAAACGAGAGCAAGUAGUGAAGAUCGCAGAGCUAUUACUCGAAAGAGAGGUUUUGCACAAACAUGACUUACUGAAAGUGCUUGGUGAACGCCCCUUCAAGUCAAGCGAACCAACCAACUAUGACCCUUUUACAAAGGGAUUUCAGGAGGAGCAGCAACCAGGAUGAUACGACAUCGGUGUCGUCAUCCCAAUAUACAAACUCUAAAUGAUGAUAUCUAUGUGUUAGUCUCUCCCCAAAUAUAGCUGAAAUUGUACAGAUUUUUUCAUUUCAUAGAAUUGUGGUUCCGAUUUCAUAUUGUAGUGACUUCAUUCCAUAGAAUUGUGGUUCUGAUUCCGAUUUCACAUUGUAGUGACAGGUAACUGUAUCUCUUUGUGUGGAUCCGGGAGUCUCAAGAGGCUUGAAUGAAUCAUUUUUUUGUUUCUUUUUCCUUUUAAGAGACAAUUGCCUUCUUCCAAUGUUUUCCUUGAUGUACGUUGGAUGAAUGUGGCUAUCAAAAGUUUUAUUAGUGCUUGUAA